AUGUGGGCCGUCGACAGUGGUGCAACGCACCACAUUUGCCACGACAAGACCAAGUUCGCAAGUUUGGCAGAGCGCAAUGAGGGCGAACUCUUGGUGGCUGAUGGCAACAAGGUGGCCAUCAAGGGUGUGGGAACCAUCAUGGAAAAGGUGGUUCUGCCCAACGGUGAAGAGCGUGAGAUCGAAAUCAAGAACGCGCUAUAUGUUCCAAGUAUGAGCAAGAACCUGCUCUCGGUGCCACAGAUUAACAGCCAUGGCAAGUUUCAAGUCGUGUUUGACGGGUCCAAGAUGUAUGUGACUCUCAAGAACUCACAGCAAGUGGUGGCGACAGCGGAUCUCGUGGAUGGACUCUACUGGCUUCGGACGACUCAACGAUCAGCGAAUGUGACAACAAGUGGAACCAGUUGUGCCGAUCUACAUGCGAGAAUGGGUCAUGCUCCAGUCGAUGUACUUCGCAAGAUGAUCGCGACCAACAUGAUCAAGGAUGUGCGAGUCCCUCUCAAGUCGGGUGGAGCAACUACAUGUCGAGGAUGUCAACAAGGGAAAAUGGUCCAAAAACCAUUUCCAAGCAACCGAGACAAGCGCAGCUACGAUACGUUUGAGCUACUUCAUCUGGACAUCUGCGGGCCCAUGGAAAAGGAUUCGCUCGGUGGCAGCAAAUAUUUGCUGCUGAUCAUCGACGAAGCCAGUGGAUGCAUGAAGGGCUUUUGUCUACGAGUGAAGUCCGAGAGUGAAGACUACAUCCGGAAAUAUAUCACCAUGGUACAGACGCAAUUCUGUAAGAAGGUCAAGUUCGUGCGACACGACGGAGCUCGCGAGUUUGCAACCAACUCGCUUCAACUGUUCUACGAAGACGAAGGCAUUGAACAGCAGACAACGGUGCCGUAUGCACAUCAAACAAACGGAACAGCAGAGCGUGCCAUUAGGACUAUUGUCACGAUCGGCCGCAGCAUGCUUCAUCAUGCCAAACUGGACAAGUGUUUCUGGGCCGAAGCAGCGAUGACGGCCAUCUACGUCAAGAAUCGACUGCCGUCACCUAAAGUCGUGCACAAGACCCCGUUUGAGAUCGUCUACAACUUGAAACCAAGCGUCAAGCACAUGCGAACAUUCGGGUGUCAGACAUACAUACUGACGCCUAAAGAGGAAUCGACUCAAGUUGUUGUCAGUCACAAUGUCAACUUCGACGAGUCCACCUUUGGACUUCAACUGCCGAUCACUGAUGAAGAUGUCGAUGACCUGGACUUCGAAUUGCUGGAUCUUGAUGACGAAGAGCUGCGUCAAAUGGAGUACAAGCAAACAGGCAAGCGCAAGAACCGACUCAAUGAUGAAGAUACAGCAGCUCCACGACCGCGUGCAGUGCGUCAACGACCAGGACUAGAAGAGUCAAGCGCGCCGGAAAACAACUCGUCACGACAAGAAGAAGACGAAGAAACGAAGGAUUCUGGUGAUUCAACACCGCCUGUGUUUUGGCGUGCGAGUGCAAAUGCCGUUGAAGCAGCAGUGGACUUAUUAGAACCCUCAACAUUUGAAGCAGCAGUAAGCGGCCCUGACCAAGUGCACUGGAGAAAAGCAAUUCAUGCAGAGCUCGAGUCAAUGCGACUUCGCGGUGUGUUUCGUGCAGCCAAGCUGCCCAACGGACAACGCGCCAUUGGCACAAAAUGGGUGUUCAAGAUCAAGCGCAAGGCGGAUGGGUCAAUCGAGAAGUACAAGGCACGACUUGUGGCCAAGGGUUUCCGCCAAAAGUAUGGCAUCGACUACACGGAGACGUUUUCGCCUGUGGUCAAGUAUGUGACGCUGCGAAUGGUGAUCGCAAUUUCCAAGCAUUUUGUGAUGAACUUUAGACUUCUUGGUCCGAGUGCAAAACGCAAAGUGAAUAUAUAUUUAUAA